AUGAUGGCGGUUCUUUUGACUCCGCGGUUCCGCAGGCUCAGCAGCCAGAGCGAACUCCGGCUUCAGCGGCGGGACGACCUUCGGUUCCGGCUCAGCACCGGGAGCGGUAGCACCCGGAAGAGGAAGACUGUUAUCACAGGAUGCUCCGGUCCUUUUCAAGCUACUCAGCUGUGGAAUGGUAUCAUUCACUCUCUUCAUACGCAAGUGGAAAUAAAAAGACGACGACAACACUUCAGAUCUUACAAAGAGUGUUUUACAGGUUCAGAUGCUGUUGAUGUAGUAUUAGGUCAUCUUAUGCAAAAUAUCUCCUUAAGCAGCAGUGACAUCUCCCGUCUAAAUGGAGUGCGUCUUUGCCAGGCUCUCAUGGAUCAUAAGAUAUUUGAACCAGUAGGAAUAAAAUUUUUCAAAAGUGAAAAAGAAUUGGAAUUUGAAGAUACAAAUAAUAGUCUCUAUAGGUUUCUGGGCUAUGAUCCCACUCAUGGCUUAUCUAAAAGAAAUGACGAUCCUAAAAAUAUGGGGCUUGAUCCAAUAAAAGCAAAAGGACUCUCCAGAGUAGAAGAUGAAAUGAUUUCAAAUCCUUUAGCACAAGAAAUUGAUGAGAAGACAAUUGAAGAACUAAUUCAUACUCUAAGUGGGCAUACAUCUUCCCCUCCAGAUAUCACAGUUGCCAAACCAGUUCAAGUACUUUCAAAAAAAGUUGUGGAAGAUGUGUGGAAAGAGCAAACCUUGUUAAGAAUCCUCCAAUUAAUUCACCUUCCAAUCUUAGAAAGGAUUUUAGAGCCACCAGUUAAAAGACAGAAUGUUCAUUUGAACCAAGAAGAUCUUAUCAUCCCAAAUACUUGCUUAGAUAGAGAAGUUAUUCAUGGCCUCAGCUUGUCUGAGAUUGACAGUUGGCUUAACGCAGCAAUUGAAUGCCUGGAAUAUUUCCCCGACCAGCUAAUAGUGAUGGUUAGUCAGCAGUUAGUUCAGAAUGCUAAUGAAGAAACAAAACUAAGCAAUCAUAAGAAGAUAUUCUUUGAUGUUAUAGUAAAGUAUUAUAAUCAAGAGAAAGACUGUUUACUUAAUGACAGUUAUUCUGAUGUUCAUUCAGGAAUUAUUGAACUUCUGGAGAAUGGGAAACAAGCAGAGGCUCUGGAAGCAUCCCAGCUCUAUCUGAGACUACUGUGUCCCAGUGUCAGGGAAGAAUUACGUAGACUCUUGACCUUUAUGGCUGCAGCAGCAGACCCUCAUGGCUACAAGUUACAAAAGCAGUAUGAUAAUAGAACAGUGGUCAUGAAAAUGCUUUCUAAAGCUGUUUUUCAAAACAAGUCAUUGUCAAAAGAACAGACUGAGCGGUUGGUCCAAUUUCUGCUAGAGAACCAUUGUGAACUUCUUAAGACACCUUUGAAUUUGCUGGACCUGGUGAGUAGGAAAUUCAGAAGCCUUCUUCUCGGAGAAGAUCCAGAUAUUAUAUCAGGUUUCACAUUUUGUCAGCGUUUGACUCGUGAAGAAUAUGAAGAGCAAAAACAAAGGACAAAUGAACAGCUCCAACAGUUGAUUCAAGAGAUUAACAUCAGUUCCAGUAUUCCUUUCAAACAGAAAAAGAAACUGAUGAAGGAAUUUCAGAAACAUCAUCCAUCAGCUUUGAAUUAA